CAUCGGUAGGGGCGUGCAGAAAACAUUUCAGAGUUAGUAGAGGAAAAAAGAUCGUUGAGAACCAGCUCAAUUUUUGUAUUCGUCGAAGAGGUGUGGAUACACGUUUUUUGUGCUGCUAAAAUGGGAAACUGUCACACCGUUGGACCGAACGAGGCCCUGGUGGUUUCAGGUGGCUGCUGUGGCUCAGAUCAGAAGACGUAUGUCGUAGGAGGCUGGGCUUGGGGCUGGUGGCUCAUCUCUGACAUCCAGAGAAUGUCUCUGGAGGUUAUGACCAUCCUCUGUCGCUGUGAGAAUAUCGAAACCUCGGAGGGUGUACCCCUGGAUGUGACAGGGGUGGCUCAGGUGAAAGUGAUGACUGAGAAGGAACUGCUGGGUUAUGCCUGUGAACAGUUCCUGGGAAAAUCGGUCACGGAGAUCAAGAGUGUCAUCCUGCAGACCCUAGAGGGUCACCUGCGUGCUAUCCUCGGCACCCUAACUGUUGAGCAGAUUUACCAAGACAGAGACAAAUUUGCCUCCCUGGUACGAGAGGUGGCAGCACCUGAUGUUGGCCGCAUGGGUAUCGAGAUCCUCAGCUUCACCAUCAAGGAUGUAUAUGAUAAAGUGGACUAUCUGAGCUCACUGGGCAAAACUCAGACAGCUGCAGUACAGAGGGAUGCAGACAUUGGAGUGGCAGAGGCAGAGAGAGAUGCGGGCAUCAGAGAAGCUGAGUGUAAGAAAGAAAUGAUGGAUGUCAAGUUCAUCGCAGACACCAAAAUGGCCGACUCCAAAAGAGAGCUGGAGAUGCAGAAAGCUUCAUUCAACCAGGAAGUGAACACAAAGAAAGCCGAGGCUCAGCUGGCGUACGAGCUGCAAGCGGCCAAAGAGCAGCAGAAGAUCCGUCUGGAGGAGAUAGAAAUUGAGGUGGUGCAGAGGAAGAAGCAGAUCAAAAUUGAGGAAAAGGAGAUUGAACGCACUGAAAAGGAGCUCAUUGCCACUGUGAAAAGACCUGCUGAGGCAGAAGCCUACAAGAUGCAGCAGCUGGCUGAAGGCCAGAAGAUGAAGAAGGUGCUGACAGCACAGGCAGAGGCUGAGAAGAUCCGCUGUAUCGGUGAGGCAGAGGCUGCCUCCAUUGAAGCUGUGGGGAAGGCGGAGGCUGAGAAGAUGAGGCUGAAGGCUGAAGCUUACCAGCAGUACGGCGAUGCUGCCAAGACUGCACUAGUCCUGGAGGCUCUACCCAAGAUUGCUGGUAAAGUGGCUGCGCCUCUGUCCAAGACCAAUGAGAUUGUCAUCCUGAGUGGAGAAGGCAGCCGUGUGACUGGAGAGGUGAACCGUCUAUUGGCUGAACUCCCCGUCUCUGUCAACGCCCUCACUGGGGUGGAUCUCACCAAGAUACCUCUGCUCCAGAAGAUGACCACCCCGCAGAGCCAAGCAGCCUUCUGAUGAACCAGGCCUGAGACUCGUUAUUCUCAAUCAUUUGCUGUGUAUCUGCCUCAAGCAUGAAGUUUGUUCAGCCUGUGACCCCUUAUGCAACUGCCUUUGACCAGAAACACUUGACACCAAACAAGAGGUUUUUAUAUUUUUUAGAGGUUUUUAAUUUUCUAUGGAAAAAAAAAUGGGGCCUUACCUCUGAAAGAUCAGACUGUGUGUAUCUUCUAUUGUUUUGCGUUUAAACGUUCACCCUUAAUGUUCUACACUAGUUAGCCAGGAUUAUAUGCUGGAGUCCUUUUCAGUCCUACUAGUCAUCCACUGUGGAUACAUUCUUAGACAGAUAAGUCCAGACACAAAGUAGGUGAGGGAAAUACAGACACAAAGGACAAAUCAGAAUAUUGUACUCCUCUCCAGAGCUGUCUAGAUAUCUGCCUGGAGUUCAAGCAUAUGUUCCUGUCUGAUGUUUUGACAUUUAUUCACUGUUGGAAAUGGAGCAGUGUGUGCCAGCUCCUGCAUCUUCAUUAGUCAUUCAGUGCUCAGUCCCCGUUUAGCUUGCAGUAGACUGAACAGAGCAUGUAAUGUCCUCUUUGCUUUUAAACACACUUCUUAAAAAUUAGCAUGUUAGACUGAUAGGCCAUUGUUGCACUCACUGAUUAUAUAUGUUGUGUUAUCUGUGAUAUUUCAAUCACUUGUAUUAGAGUCCUUACCUCACAGUGUGUUAUGUUGUCUGUCUUCUUUCCCUGAUGUGCAGUGCCUGUUCACCACUCAAGUGCCCAAACCUGAGGACAGUGGUUUGGCUUUAGUUGGGUUUCUGUCUGACUGUAUCACAGUUCUAGAUGGACGAUGUUUACGAAUCGUUCCCUACAUAUACUGACAGUAGUGUUCCCGCUUCUCUUUUGUGCUGUGUUUGGACAUGUGAGCAUAAAACAAAGCCAUACUUAGGAAUGAUUACCCUGAUAGAGACCCUGAAUGCCUGCCAAGGCUACUGAACAUUUCUGUAUUACCUCAAAUGGCACAUGGUGGACAUACAGGGUCUGAGCUUUGCAUCAUCUGAGGUGGGGGAACAAAAAAAAAAAGGGAUCACAAAAUGAACUGUUAGUUCUGCUAUUUCCCAGAUGUCACUUCUGUGAUUGUGUUUGUAGCUUGAAAGAGAAACGCCACACUGAUGAGAGAGAAGCAUCAUCGCCCUGGGCUCUGUGGGUUGGAAGCCGCCAGUACAGCCACACCCUGUCUGUGAUGACAAAGCAGGAAUUUAAUGUUACAGUCGGUCACAAGUUGGAAAACUAAGCACGUGAUUUGGUUGUAAACACUGUACACAGUGUUUGUGCUCAGGUGGUCCUCAGUUUGACAAAAGCAAAGUGAAGUUCACGUUAGGAGUUGAGCAGCUGGACCUGUAGCUGUUUCUGCUGCAACAUGUGAAUGAAAGUAAAGCAUAAAUUAUCACGAUAGAUGUCUACUGUAGUCUAAUACUGUGUGAUAGAAAAUAAAACAUUUCUUUGAAUAUGUUCUGGAUUUGGGAUGUUCUGCGUAGCCUCGUGAUAAACAGUUCAAAGGCUUCGUCCUCGCUUGUAGAAGGUUAUACACAUUCAUAUAAAUGACUGUUUUUAAUUUCCCUCAACAUUCAUUCACCUUUAUGCACAAGUUAGUGUUCAAACUAAUGGUUCACUAGCAUGAGCUGUGAUGUGGACUUAAGGUUUCAGCCUGUAGAGGGCAGCAUCUGUGAAGGAUUUAAGCCUUUUUUUUUUUUGUUACAUGUCCAAAAUCCAAAUGUCAUAUUUUUUUAUCAUCCUUCUCUGCUUUUCCAAACAAGCUUAUUGCGCACAGCUGGCCUGCCCACUUUUGAAUUAAUUUUAUGCCUCUGAUUAAACAUAUUGUGAACAUUCAUCAACCACUUCUACAAGUAUGUUUAAUUCUUUUAAUUUUGUUUUUUCUUGUCAGUGAUUGUUUGUGGUUAUCGUAGUGAUACUGUGUCUCUGCUUGUGGCUUCUUUGUUCUGUGUAGAUUUGAUCUUGUUCCUUUUUUUUUUUUUUUCCACAUUGUCAAAGUUCCUUCUGUUUCUAAUGUGUUGUAUUAGUGCCCUAAACACAGCUCUUGUGAACCUGUUAGAUGCUUAAUGUUCUUUACUGUGAGAUGGCCAGUAACUGAUUAGAGCCAGCUGUUAACUGGCAUGAGUCAUUCAGAUGAUAAUGGAUUUACUGUCCCAGUUUCAAACUGGAGAGCAGUUUUCACUGCAGUGUGGAUGAGUGAGAGUCAGACAGACAUAUUAAUUCAGCUGCACAGCAGAUGACUGACAGUUUUCAUCAGCAUGACAGUCAUACUGUUGGUCAUAUAGCUAAAUGUGUCUGAGCAUGUUGAAAACUUCCUGAAUUUCACCAAAAGUAAAAGAAUCUCUUUUGUUACGUCUGCCUAGAUCAUCGUGUAACUGAGGUGUUACAUGCUGUUGCUGUUCAAAGUCAUAUCAUUUUAACAUUCACCAACUGGCCCAUUUCUGUCUGACCAGGACUAACGUACGUGUGUGUGUGUGUGUGUGUGUGUGUGUGUGUGUGUGUGUGUGUGUGUGUGUGUGUGUGUGUGUGUGUGAGAGAGAGACUUGACAAGAUGAAGUCUGUAGAAGUAAUUUCAUUGAAAUGUCUGAACAAAAUGCUUAACAACUUCUUAUACUUUGCAAUGCUCCUUUUAUUUAGAGACAAGAAUUAUGUACACAGUGCCUUUGUUAAAUAAAGUUAGUCUACUUAAAUGUGCAUCGUUGACUGUUAUACACUUGGAAGUACUGCGGGGAUGAUUGUGCGAACUGUAUUGUCCCUGUACUUUGUCAUCUGUCCUAAUAUUGUAUAAUGGAACACACACAUAUGUAUUUAGAUGAUAAAUGAAGCUUCCUUUGUAACCUGGACCUCUUGAAGGUCAUUCGUUAUUUUGGCCAUUGUAUUUGUGCCAAAGAAUACGAUACCUACAUUUGCAUUGUCUUAUCAACAUAGUGGCAACUUCUGAGUAGCAUUUGAGAGGAGAAUGACCAAACAUGAUAGACCUACGCCUUAGCUCCUGUCCUCACCUGAAACCCAUCCAUCUGUUGCCAUAGAGGUGAUGUGUAGCUUCUAUAAAAAUUAUAUUGUAAGUUUAUCUUGUGACUUCUCAUGUAACACUGGCCUUUGUUAAAAUGCAUCCAGUGUGGCAUUUUAAGCAUGUGUUCAUGUUAUUCUGUGUUGUGCACCACCCUCUAAAUAAAUGUUUACCACUUCCUGUUGA